CGCAAGUAAAGGCCCGUUCGUAGGGGGGCCCUGUGUCGGUUUCUGGGGCUUAAUUCGACUGAGUCUAGUGCGCGAUCGCAAGGGCGCAGGGGAGCGUAUGGUCUCAGGACGUGGCAAUACGACAGGUAGCAGACGGUGGCGUUACACACGACGAAUGCGGCCGCGCGGGAGCGUCGAAGCGCCGGAAGCUCGGGCGGUGGCAACACGCCUGGAGCCUAUGCACUUGUCGUAUUGUACUCUGCUGUGCCCUUAUAAGUGAGGCUUUGUCGGGACAUCCAUGACCGGUCCCAACGAGUUCUCUUCGUCCCGAAUCGCUCUCUCCUCUCCAGCGCUCUCUGCACUCUCCUGUUUCUCUUCCAGUCUCUCCGUUUUGAGACGCUUUAGUCCUUGACCUCAACCACCAUGUACUCGAUGCGCACGCGCUCGCCCUCCCCGCCUCCUCCGAUGCCCUCGCCCGAGCUGCGCCCGCUCAGCCUGCCGCCGACGCCCUCGCGCAGGCCGCGCCCCGGGCCCAUGGGCAUCCGUCCCCUCCGUGCCCGGCGCUACUCCCGCUCGGACGAAAACUCGCUUUCGCCCUCGUCUUCGGCUAGCUCCUGGUCCGACGAGAGCGAACACGGCUCCGACUUCGGCGCCCACGACCGCCACAGCAGGCCGCCGCUCUCCCCGACGACCACCACGAAUGGGGUGCAGCGCCGCGCGCGGGUUUCCAAGCACCGUCGGGCGCUCUCCUCGGGCCUGUACCGCAGUCGUUCCCCGCCGCCUUCAGACCGAUCACGUAGCGCGACGCCACCGCCGCCCGUGCCGCCGUUGCCGGCGUACCUGCUCCGCGCCAAGGCCGAGCCCGUAUCCGCACCCAGGCCGCCCGUGGCGUGCUGGCCAGCCAGGAUCACAUCGAUCCCUCAUCUCCAGCUCUAGAAGCGCAACCCGGUUCCCCACUAUAGACGCGCAUACAUCCAUGCAUUUCAAUUCCCCUCUUGCAAGUCAAGACUUGGAAGUUUCACGCAAACGACAUCGUCCCUGUACCAAAUCCCGAUCCGGCUCCUCUGUUCAAGACCGUCCUCAUUCGCAUCCAUCACGGCCCUUUUCUUUAUUCUCAUGUGAUCCAUCGUUGUCGUUGCUCUGCAUCUUCCAUCGCUUUCGCCCGUUCCGCCAGUCGAUACGUGUUGCACAAAUAACCUCUGCCUCUGUACCUUAGCGUUUUUCUCCC